CGCCAGCCAAAACCAACACAUGCACACGCUCACACGCAAGGUCGCUCUCAACAAGUUCAAUCCAACUGGUGCCCACACCAACACUUAACCUUCUCAAAUCUAACCACCGCCCAACUCAACCCACCACAACUUCUUUCUUCCCCAAAAAUCCCAGGAAACAGCCAAGUUUUGCUCCCCAAACCUAAAUUUUAUCUUAUGUUUUCAAAAAUUAUUUCAAUUUAUUCAAACCCUAAGUUCAAACUAUGAAAAAGCCUCACAUUUCCAGCUCUCUAGAUCGACCAUGGCUUCUCCCACUGGUUUCAAUCUCUGUUCUCUCAGUUAUAAUUAUUCUCACGGUAUCUUUGAGUCACGGUAAAUUUUCUCCGAGUUCAGAGUUCACGGAUGCUGACCAGAUUUUAGGAGAGCAAUUGAGGCAACGGUCAUUGCCGAGACUUGCUUAUUUGAUAUCGGGGACGAAAGGUGAUGGUGUACGUGUGAAGCGGUUGUUGCAAGCGGUGUAUCAUCCGUUAAAUUACUACGUGUUGCAUCUUGAUCUGGAAGCUUUGGAUAGCGAGAGGCUUGAGCUCGCAAAGUAUGUUAAAUCGGAGAUUGCGAUGAGAGUUUUCAAGAACGUGAUGGUGAUUGGUAAAGCUGAUUUGAUUACUUAUAAGGGUCCCACCAUGAUUGCGUCCACGCUUCACGCUGUAGCUAUUUUGUUGAAGCAAGCUAAGGAUUGGGAUUGGUUUAUUAAUUUAAGUGCAUCGGAUUAUCCUCUCAUGCCACAAGACGAUAUUUUGCACAUCUUUGCAUUCUUACCUAGGGACCUGAACUUCCUUGAACACUCAAGUAGCAUUGGUUGGAAAGAGUAUCAGAGAGCAAGGCCCAUCAUCAUAGAUCCAGGCUUGUAUCAUUUAAAGAAAUCUGGAGUUUUUUGGGCAAAAGAAAAAAGGUCCAUCCCAGCUUCCUUCAAGUUAUUCAUGGGGUCUGGAUGGGUGGUACUGACAAAAUCGUUUCUUGAAUUCUGUGUGUGGGGAUGGGAUAAUCUCCCUCGUACUCUCCUAAUGUACUAUACAAAUUUCUUGUCCUCCCCUGAGGGUUACUUCCACACUGUCAUCUGCAACCAUAAAGAUUACCAGAACACUACUGUAAACCAUGAUUUGCAUUAUAUAAAGUGGGAUAAUCCUCCCAAGCAGCACCCAGUGACACUAACACUAAAACAUUUUGAAGACAUGGUUCAAAGUGGUGCCCCAUUUGCUCGAAAGUUUGCCAAGGAUGACCCAGUGCUUAAUAGAAUUGAUGCGAAGCUCUUGAAGAGAUCAAAUAAUCGGUUUACUCCUGGUGGCUGGUGUGUGGGCAAUUCCUUUCUAGGUAAAGAUCCUUGUGUAGUCUAUGGAAAUCCAUAUGCUGUGAAACCAACUGUAAAUUCUAAGAGGUUAGAGAAGCUAAUGGUUAAACUUCUUGAUACAGAAACUUUUAGAUCUAAGCAAUGUAAAUAGUUUUGUAACCCCUAAAUUUUCUUUCCCUCUAAUUUACCACCUCAUUAUGUUGGUUUGUGCA